AAAGUAGCAUAACGGUUUAUAAUCCUGUCCUUAAAAUCUUCCCUGUCUUGUGAAAUAAACCAUUUUUUUAAGAUCAAAAAUAAGUUGUCUGCCGAACGAUAUUUAACGUUUAACAAAAACGAUGAAUUCCAUCCUUGGUAGAAAAGUUUGUUCUUUGAACGCAAUUAAGCAUCUUCGGUCAAUGUCACAAUUGGGAGAUUUAGGAAGUGGAGCUGGAAAAGGAGGUGGUGGUGGUGGAUCCAUUAGAGAGGCUGGUGGAGCCUUUGGUAGGGCUGAGGCUGCUAAAGAAGAAGAAUACUUUUAUAAGAAGCAAAAACAACAACUAAAAGAACUGAAGAGCCACCUUCAUGAUGAAAUAGCUUUCCAUGAGGAACAGAUCAAGAGACAUCAAGAAGCUAUUGCUCGCCACAAGGAAGGGAUGAAGAAACUUGAGAAGUAAAUUGUUGUAAAUCAUCAGUAAUUUUCUCUUUUUAUAUUAAAUAUAUGAUUAGCUUUGUGAUCUAUAGUUAUCAUCGUUAUAGUUAUCUAUAAUUUUGAGAAUAGAGGUUUUUGCUGCUAAAUUUGCUUAAAUUAAUAUAUAGGAUAUGUGUU